UGACAGUGGUAUCGGCAAGACUACGCUUGCUAGGACCCUCGUAUCCGCUCCAGAGGUUCUUCGCUGUGGCCUUGCCCCCGCAAAGGAGGGGGACCCGACAGUUGAUAUGAAGCUUUACCGUGCGAGCACGCUUCUGAAAGAGGAUGUCAGGGACGGCGAAGGUCAAUGGUACGUCAUCCGCCAUGCGAACAUGUGAGAUGACAGCGCCUCCUCGUCUCAUCUGAAAAGCCAAUCCUAUGUACAUCUUUCCCAGGAACCUCCACAUUCUGGACACUCCCGGUUUCGGCAUGCACCCAAACGCGCAGCUUACCAUCACCAAGGUCCUCUCCCAUCAACGUGCUCACUUUACUCGUCUAGACGCUGAUUUCACCCGCGGCCUCCGAGCGGGCACCCUCGCGUCCUACGUCUGCAACCCCACCGCUCCUAAAAACUAUCUUCGUCCCACGGAUACUUUCAUCUACACCUUGCUUCACCGCAUCAAACCUGUCGAUGUAGCUUACAUCCGAGCGCUCACGGACGUCGGCACCGUUGUGCUCGUCCUUGUCAAGUGCGAUGGGUUGGGUCCACAGAGGGUCAGAGAGAUGAAGAGGGAGGUGUUGGAAGUCGUGAAGAAGGAGAAGUUGAGGGUUGAGCUGUUCGGACUGGAUGUCGAUGGCGCUUUGGCGAUCUUGCAGGGGGAUGGAGGCGGAGGAGAUGCAAGGGUGGUCGUUUCGCCUUUUGCAGUCACGUUCAAGGGAGAUGCCGGUUGGGGUGGUGCGGCGAAGGAGUCGGUGAAGGUCGAAGGUGAAAACAAAGGAGAGGUGGACGAAACCCGUGAGCUAACGACGGCCCUGUUUGUGCACGCCGGGGAGAUGAGACAAGGAACUGCUAUGAAGUUCGCAGAAUGGAGGGAGCACAUCUCAAAGGAAGAGAGAGAUGGUGAAAGUCGUCGUCGCGACGGAGCUCCAAGCGACUCUUCCCAAGUGAUUCAACCCGACGACACAGCUGAAAUCCCUCCUUCCACUUCCCACAAUGCCGCGCCCCGGGACGACGCCCUCACGGCGACGGAGGUCCUCUGGCUCGUUGCAGCCUUCAGUCUUCUUGCCGCAUCGUUUGUGUUCGUUUCGGCCGGGGCUUUCUGUGCCAAAGGUUCACGCGUGGCUGCCGCGGCCUCCCACUGCGGUGACAGAGCGGCCGCUAGGGCGGCGACUCGAGCUGCCACUGAAGGCGCCAGUGCCGCCGGAAUGCUCUGGGCCCAAUGGAGGGGCUUUUAGCUCACUACGUCAAUCACCUGAGUUCGGCCGAGGAAAGCAAGGAGACUGGGG